AUGCUCGAUUCACAAGACGAUCUGCAGGGUUCACUGGACGGACACAACGAAGGCAAGCGCCUCUUGGACGGCCACGCUGGAGGGACCAGUGUUACGACGAUAGGCGUCGAUUCGGAGAUCAAACACAGGCGCAGGACUCGCUCGGCGCGGGCUCAGAGCACCGGAUCUGGCGGAGGCAUCGCGCUCACAUGGGAAGACGUGUGCUAUUCCUUUGCGCCCAAGCGGUCUCUCCUGGCUUGCAUGAAGAAGCCCACUCCCGAGGAAGAGCGAGCGCAGAAGCUGAUCCUGAACCACGUCUCCGGUGCUGUCCUGCCCGGGCAGUUGCUUGCCAUCAUGGGUGCCUCAGGGAGCGGCAAGACCACGCUGCUCGAUGUACUCGCUGGUCGACAGAAGACGGGCACCCUCACCGGGCGCAUCCUCGUCAACGGGCAACGGCGCGAUAAAUAUUACAAGCGACAGAGCGGCUAUGUCACUCAGGACGACUGUCUGAAAGAGCGUCUCACCGUGUAUGAGACGUUCAUGUUCUACGCGCACCUGCGCCUGCCCUCACAUCUCACCAUGGCCGAGCGUAGGGAGAGGGUGGAGCGAGUGAUCGAAGAGCUGGGCCUGGAGAAGGUGCGCGACUCCAAAGUGGGCGGCCAAUUCGUUCGUGGUAUCUCCGGCGGCGAAAGGAAGCGCGUUUCCAUCGGCUGCGAACUCAUCACCGACCCCAGCCUGAUAUUUUUGGAUGAACCUACCACCGGCCUGGACAGCUACAACUCGCUCGGUGUCAUGGAUCGCCUCUCUGCGCUCGCUGGGCACGGCAGGGCCGUCCCCCGCUCGACGAUCUUCCACAACGUGGACCAGCUUAUGAUCCUGUCGCGUGGGGACGUGGUCUACUUCGGGCCAGCCAAACACGCCGUGACCUACUUCGCCGGCCUCCACUUCCACAUCCGGCCGUUCAUCAACCCCGCCGACUUCUUGCUUGAUGUGGUCAUCCAAAACCAGGAGCGAUACGAGCGCGCACAGAAGAAGCUUCAGCCCUCUUCCAGCCUGCUCGACGCUGAAUCCGGACUGAGUGUGGGACCCACUACUACCAGCUCCACCCUCGAUUUCGCCCUGGCCAAGUCGCCCGCCUACUACAUCGCCCGAAAGCCUCGGCAGUUCGACUCGGACGAAGACGACGGCGACGACGACAACAAGCUGAUGAACGACGACGGUCUGGGCGACGACUACUCGCUCGACAUGGCUGAGGCCUACCGCUCUUCGCUUCUCGGCAAGGCGAUGACCACCAUUCAGGAGGUGAAGGAUAAGAGUGAGCGGGGCGAGCUUGCUGUCGACGAGAGCUUGAAGCAGGAGUACGCCUCGAGCUGGCUCAAGCAGUUCUUCGUCCUGAGCUUCCGCAACCUACGCGAUCUUGGCCGCAACCCCAUGUCGACGUAUGUGUUGGUCAUCCAGACGCUGUUCAUGGGCCUUCUCAUGGGUUCCAUCUACUUCGACCUCGGUCUGGAUCAGUCAUCUAUUCAGAACCGACUGGGCGCGCUCUUCUUCGUGGUGACCAACCAGUCCUUCAGCAUGAUCUCCGCCCUCAACCUGUUCCUGCAAGAGCGGGACGUGUUUAAUCGCGAGAGGGCGGCUGGCGUCUAUUCCACCUCGGCCUACUUCGUUGCCAAGAACCUUGCAACGAUCGAAAACUUUGGAGUCUACACGCUGACGGUCGUGACGUUUGCCUCGGUGGCGGCCUCGCUCUACCUGUUCAUUGGCACCCUGUCGCCCAACGCCGUCGUUGCCACCAUCCUCUCGCCCGUCACCACCGUUCUCUUCCUCAUGUUUGGCGGCUUCUACAUCAACCUGGACAACAUUCCCGUGUACUACACCUGGCUCUACUACGUGUCCUACUUCCGCUACGCCUACGAGGUCCUCGUCACAAACGAGCUGGAGGGCCUCAAGUUCUCCUGCCUGCCCAGCGAUCCCGCCUGUAUUCCCACCGGCGAGGUGCAGCUGCAGCGCUUGGGGAUGGCGAACAUCGAAAUAUGGGAGAACAUCGGCAUCCUGGCAUCUAUGAUCCUGGGCUAUCGUCUCCUGGCCUACGUCUGCCUCCGCUUCCUCUACAAGGAAAAGAGAUAA